CUAGUAGUCUGUACAGUACAAAUCAGGCCACCACUGGGAGGCUCAUCAUAGCGGUUUAGUGCUGCAAAGUGACGGUGUGCUGGUGUGUUUCGCCUCAUCAAUCCUCACACAUAUUUCGGAACGAAGGAGUCCAUUUGUAGCGAUAGCAGUACGACCGCCGACAUUUGAAUGGAUUUUACUCGCUGAUUUGGAGUUUGCUGGCACCCGCUGCAAUAUUGGCAUUUUGGUAGGCCGACCUGUCCUACGCCAAUGUGUUUCAUUUUUCAAGUGACGCACUCUCGGCGAUUUUGCCUGACUUGCCCAGUGCGGCAGUUGUCAUAGCUAGCCAGCCUGCCCGAGUUCCCUAUCCCGCUCAGUCAGCAAGGUCUGUGCAGCCAGUAGGCAGUAGCAGCAUCGGUGUGUCGAUAUUCGCACACAGGCUUCAGCCGUAGACGUAGGGUUGCAGCAUCAUCACUCAUUUUGGCAGUCCUACAUAUGACUGGGAGUAGGAAUAGACGGUGAAUCUACACUACAAUCUACAGUGUGGAUUUAUAUACGGAUUCAGACUCACACGUCUGACUGUUUGGUGUAGUGAGGGUGCAUGGAACAACUGCACCUGGACUGCUGUCGUCCCAUGUAGUACAUAUGUACCGUGAUCUAGCCGGCCACUUUCAUUCUAUCAGUAAGAAAUUUUCUAGUCGGUGGUGAUCCUGAAGGUGAAGGCGGAAAGAAGGAGAAGGAGGGGGAGAAGGAGGAUUGGUGGAGUUCCUCGCUAUCACUAUGGACAUCAUCGUACUGUUUGUUCAGGCGCUGCUCGUCUGCGUUGCGGUUGAAGCAUGCUCCUUUCCGCGCAUUGUGGACUUCGAGGACUGUCUAUACUCCCACGAGUAUGCAGCCAGCUCCGGUUACGACUGGAAGGCGUCGGAUCCCAGCUUGGCGAACACUUGGCAGCGCCGGCAGGGAGCAAACCUGCAGGCCAGAGAGAUUAUGCGCGACCACACCCUGAAUGAAACAUCAGGUAAUUACAUGGCGGUGUAUCGGUCGGUGGCCAAUGCGUCGGUCACCGCAGCCGUGCGCAGAGAGUUUGUAUCGCCGGUGUACCAGGCGCCGGACAACUUGGUGGGGUGCAGCCUGUCCUACUGGGUCAAGGCCAAUGGAUCGCGACCCACAGACCACCUGGAGGUUUCCAUCGUACCCUUCCCUCGCAGUGCUGGAGAUGCAUCCGUUGUCACAAGCUUCAAUCCUUCAUCAGCGACCAAUUGGAUAAAUCUGCACAGAAGCUUCAGCGUGAACGGUCCCUUCCAGGUCAUAUUCCGCGCCGAGAUGCAACCCAGCACCGCGCGUUCAAAUGACUACUUUGCUAUCGAUGACAUCAGCUUCUCAACUGAAUGCUGUAAAGAAUGUCAAUACACUCCGCGCGUGGACAUGGAGUGUGGUCUGCAGGGCUACAACCUCGCACCGGACGGUGCUGUGCCCUGGCUGCUGCGCAACCGCGGCUCUGGCAGUCUGUUCACAGGACCAGUGAGUGAUACCACAUUUGGCAGUGCUCGAGGCCAUUUCCUGCGUGUUGACUCGCUGAGGCACAAGAACUCGCGGUCUGUGUUCCAGUCGCCCGAGUACAGGCCGACCAGUCAGACAGGCCUGUGCAACGUCAGCUUUGCUUAUCACAUGAAGGGAGCUGGCAUCGGCUCGCUGUCGCUGCUCGUCCGCAACGGCCCGGCCGGUGGCAAACAGAUGGUGACGGCAUGGUCACGGAGUGGACCGCAGGGGGAUGACUGGCUGACUGCCACGGUGCCCGUGAGCUCCUCAACAGCAUAUCAGCUCCAGUUUGUGGCACAGACAACCUCCGAUCCGCGUGGUGACAUCGCUCUGGACGACAUUGUGAUGUCUGAGGGUUGCUGCACAGGAUCAGCUAAGCCCAUACCUGCACUGCAUACUUGCCGAACGGUGGGAUAUGACACGCGCGUGGAUCGUCGUAACCGGGCCAAUGGUCUCUUCCAGUACCUGGAUACGACGCUGCAAUUUGCCUGCAAUGGUACCAUCCAGGCAUGGAGCAUGCACACCACUGGUGCCAGCAACCACUCGCUGAAGAUAUGGCGUGUUGCCGACCCCUCGCUGAACACAUACUAUCUUGUCAACCAGGAGGUGAUAUCUGUGCCUGGACCAGGUUCACACACUGUGCCGUCGGUCAAGAAGAUGCAGUUUGAACGAGGCGACUUCAUCGGCUGGGAGCAUCGGUCUGGCAAUGGCCGAAUUCUGGGCAGUGACACUUUGAACGAUGAUGGUGGAGUUCGCUUUGAUGACAAACAACUGCAGCAGAUACUUAUCGAUGGAAGACUAGCUUACCAGUUUAGUAAGCACAACCGUCAUCGCUACUACAGUUUGGCUGCAAUUGUUCUUCCUGAUGGAGUGAUUGACUUUCCCACAUUCCCGGUGAUCCGUAGCACAACACCACUAUUCGUCGGGGGUGGCGGUGACACUAGCAGCAGUGCAGACGUGGACAGUCCCAUGUCAUCCGGACGAAGUAACACCGCUGCUUCGACCUACAUGUCGCGCAUUCCAACGUCCACCACCGGCAUGCCGCUCUCGCGCAUCGACCCGUCCGAGCCGGUCUACCCCUGGGUGAUCAUGGGCCUGGUGCUCUUGGGAAUCGUCGUGGUCAUGAUUAUUGUACUGGUGUGCUACCUGCGAUCACACCCAAAUGCACUGCGCGCAGGCAAGCAGAGUCCGUCUCAUCACCGCCAGCACCGUGCAAGUGUGUCCCAGUCCAAUGGAAGGCUCGCCAAUACCCCUUCUAACCAUGCUUUGAAAUUGCCAAUGAUCAACGGCAGUCCAGUGCACCAGGGUGGCCUCAAGGGUCUGAACAAACAGUUUCCACCAACACCCGCCAUGCUUGAGCUAUGUCCUCCUCUGGCUUGUGAACAAAGGCUUCCAUCGCCUGGUUUCAUGAACGUACCGACGCCCAGUGUGAUGAAGGCCUUUCCCGGCAUGAAGAUCACACAGUCGGCGGCCAGCUUCUCAAUAGUUCCCGAGUAUACGGACCCGUCGCCAGAGCUGACUGACUCUUCUUUGGUAAACACCACGCAGGAUAACUCUCUGGAGGAUUCACAAGGCAGGGAUCUACUUGCAAGUGCUGAGCACAGUCGACAGGUAUCCAGUGCCACGGACGUAUCGGCGCAGCAUGCAGACAUUGGUUCUCACGACGACAUUCUCAGCCGUAGCCCACAAGAGACACCUUCCAAGAAAUCCGAAUCAACAACGUAUACCAUCGAUACGCAGCCACGUUCUCAAUCAGAGGCAUCCAAUUUCCGUAGCAUGAGCAGCCGGCCGCAUUCGCGCAAUGACGCCUUCAUGCAUCAGAGCAUCGACUCGCCGUUCCGUGUAUCAAACCAUCGUCGUACCCCAUACACUGACCCUGUGGACGUGCUGCCCGGCAAAGCACGCAAGCCUUACCCACGUUACAGCUCCCCCUAUCAGGAGCCGGCAGUCACUGUGCCUGGCAUCUUUGCACAGCUGAAGAGCGGUGCAUACAAAUGCCUGCAGCGAAACAAGAUUGACGUGCAAACCAUGAUAGCGCACAGUCCGCAGUGUGCUGUGUACGCCGGAAUUUGGAAAAAGGGAGCGAUUGACGUGCCCAUUGCCGUGAAGACGGUCUUUCCCAAGAAGGAGGGUGAAUAUAUGCCGUUUCUGCGUGAGGCAACCAUCCUUGGCCAGUUCAGUCAUCGCAACAUUGUCCAACUGUUUGGCGUGGUGAUGGACAAUAGCGGAAAAGCACCUCAGUUAAUCCUGGAGCUUAUGUCUGACACCCUAAUAAGCCAUCUCAAGUCACUCAGGCCUGUUGGAAACAACUUGCCAGAAGUUGCUGCAGAGCACUUGGGUGAGCAGCAGCUGAACAUGUGCCAUGACAUUGCAUCUGGAAUGGCCUACCUGGAAGCCAAGGGCUUUGUCCAUCGGGAUCUGCAAGCAAAGAAUGUCAUGAUUGGCUCCGACAGGGUCUGCAAGGUUGGCGACUUCAGCACGUGCAGGGAUAUGGGCGCACCGGACAGCAUUGCGUCAUCCAGAACACUGCAAGUCCCAGUCAAAUGGGCCGCACCUGAGGUGCUGAAACACUACAAAUUCAGUGCAUUCAGUGACGUGUGGAGCUAUGGACUACUGUUGUUUGAAAUCUGGUCACUUGGCUCAGAGCCCUAUGAUGACCUGGAUAGUGAGAAGGUCCUCGAGUAUGUCGAUAGCGGUAAUAGGCAGUCUGCACCAUCAAAGUGUCCCAUGGCCAUGUAUGAAAUCAUGAUGGACUGCUGGCAUCCGUAUUCAACGGAGCGGCCAUCAUUCUCACAGCUGGUACGCAUCCUGGAGAUGACUGAUAGAAAUAUCCUUCUCGGUCAGAUAUCCCAGCAAGUAGAUGACUGCGUCUAUGAUGAAGCCGAGGACGUCAAGGAUGAGGAUGACGACGAGGACGAGGAGCAUAAAAGGCUUACACCGGCCGAGCGUAUUCAGCGUCGCUACAAGCACUUUCAUCACGGCGAGCUGUCGCCGAAGUAUAUCGUGCCGGACGAGAAGCGUUCAACGCCGUUCUCACGCCAAGGAUCAGCAAAGCUCACCAGCCUGCCCAGGCAUAUGCUGGCUGAGCAGCUGAGCAACCACAGCCAAUGCUCCGUCGAGACAGGAUCAUCAUCAGUAACCUCAGUAUGACAAAACUCCAUAGCAUUCAUCUCUUUCACAGUCAGGUAGUAAUCGACCGGAUAGACAGAUAAGUUGUAAACAAAUAAUUCUUAAACCGUGACCAUACUUUUUGGUUUAGUUCGAUAAUACCCCUAAGCAUCUACGGCAUGAUUAAAAGUAAGUUUUGUAAUCCCGUAAAGCUAUGAACUGUUUGGCUUGUCUGAGCUUUUUUUGUAGACGUAAGUAAGGGUAUGUAAUUACUAACUGUGCUAUGUUUCAAUGUAUCUUGACUACGCCCACACUUUGAUUUUGAUGGUAACAAGAACUUUCUCUAAUGAAAUCGACUCUGCCUCUAAUUUUCAAUUCAAAUAUAAAAGUCGUUUCUAACCUAGCGCAGCUGUAUCUCUACGUGCAGUGUGCCCAAUGUUAAAUGCCUCACGAGCAAACCCUAUUUAUCUCCGAAUCAACUUUCAACAGUUAUUUUUUCUCUAACGGCCAAUUGUGCUGAGCUACAGACUGGCAAAUGCCCUCUCAAAAAUGA